GCUAGGCUGUCAGGCUGUCUAGUCACAGAGGAAGGCUGUGCUCCUCUGGUCUCAGCUCUGAAGUCAAACCCCUCACACCUGAGAGAGCUGGACCUGAAUAACAAUGACCUGAAGGAUUCAGGAGUGGAGCUGCUCUCUGCUGGCCUGGGAAAUCCCCACUGCAGACUGAAGACUCUGAGGCUGUCAGGCUGUCUAGUCACAGAGGAAGGCUGUGCUUCUCUGGUCUCAGCUCUGAAGUCAAACCCCUCACACCUGAGAGAGCUGGACAUGUUUCUUCUCACUUAG